AUGUAUGAACUGGUAAAAGCCUUCCACCCGCCUAACGUCGACGUGCGGGGUCAGUACGCUAACAAAGCCCGUGCAGUCGCAAACGCCGCAAGAAAUGCAACGAAGGCCGACCCAGCUGUCAACUCUGUACAGAGCGGGACGGGUGCUCAAAAUCCCUUCUUGCAGCAUGUUCUUCCUCGAACCUCGGAUUCUGCCCAGGUUCAGUAUGCCGUGGAAGCCGUCGCUGCGGCUCAUCUGUAUCAUCUUGGCUCUGAGACUGGAGAUCGAGCGACCCAACUACAUUCAAGAGCAUUGAAUUUACUCGCUGUGGAAUUAUCGCGUCCACAGCUUGAUGACACUUCGCGCAUGAACUUGCUUGCGAGCAGUCUACUCUUGAUAUACUAUGAGAUUGUACUGGGGAACUCCGCAAGCAACGCAUGGUGUCAUCUCCAAGGCGCAAAAGUCCUAUUAGAAUGCCACCGCGCCACCCCCGAAACCCCAUGCAUCUCAUUCUUCCGCAAGAUCUUCCAGUACUUCAACGUGAUGCUCGCCCUUUCCCUAGAAAGGCAGCCACUUCAGAUCAAUAGUGGCUUUGCAUCCGAUUUCAGCAACAACGCGGACACGGUCUUUGGCUGCGCUGCUAGCCUCUGGCCACUCAUGCAUCAUCUAGCCGAUCUUCUCGGUCGCGCCCGUCUAGGCGACGACAUCACUGAAGACGGUAAACACGUGAUGGCCGGCUUACAUGCGUGGUCAAUUGAAUCUUCGUUUGGAACUGAUGCCUACACCGAGGCAAUGGUUCAGAUUGCGCGAUCCUACAAAUUCUGCGGACUUUUGAUGCUUCGUCAGGCUGUUCAAGGCCAAAGCCCGGAGUACCGCGACUGCACUCCUCUUCAAGGCGAUGAAGUCUACAGAUCAGCUUUUGACAGUGUUCUCCGCGUGUGCGUUUUGUCUCUUCCGAUGGCUACGUUGACAUGGCCGCUGUAUGUGGUUGGAAAGCUUGCCUCCUCGACUAGUGAUCGCACUGUUAUUCUGCAUAUUUUCUCGCAGUUUUUGGAGAAGCAUCACAUGAAGGUUGUUGAUGGGGCUCGGGCAGCUGUACAGGGACAUUGGGAGGAACGGAGGAACGGUUGGCAGCAAUCGGCACCUGUUUUGCUUGGUUGA